CUUCAACUCAACUUCAGACCAGCUAUCACAUCUCAAACAACCUCAAUCAUGGGGCGAAUAGAAGCAUUGGUACUUCUCAGUACCCUCACGACCUCGAUUCUUGCGGCAGGAUCCACACGACCAAGAGGUGUUGGUCCAGAAUUUGCCAAAUUCUACAAGUCUUCAGACAGCUUCACAUGCAUCUCCAACCCCUCCAUCACUCUCUCGCCCUCCCAAAUCAACGAUGACUACUGUGACUGUCCAGAUGGCUCAGACGAACCUGGGACCUCAGCUUGCACAUACAUCUCCACACUCUCUCCCCCGCAGCCACUCACUGGCUCGUCCGCUCAAAACUCUAGUGUAGCACUUCCCGGCUUCUACUGCAAGAACAAGGGCCACAUCCCGAGCUAUAUCCCCCACAUGUACGUCAACGACGGUGUCUGCGAUUACGAGCUCUGCUGUGAUGGCAGUGAUGAGUGGGAAGGCGUAGGUGGCACCAAGUGUGAGGACAAAUGUAAGGAGAUUGGCAAGGAGUGGAGAAAGCUAGAUGAGAUACGUCAGAAGAGCGCGAGGGCAGCACUCAAGAAGAAGGAUGAGCUUGUCAAGGAAGCUGGUGAAUUGAGGGCUGGUGUCGAAAAGACCAUUGCGAAUCUGGAGGCGGAGAUUAAGAUUCAAGAGGCUAAGGCGGCGGAGCUACAGAAAGUUUAUGAGGACGUUGAGAGGAGGGAGCGGGGUAAGGUGGUUAAGAGUCCGGGCAAGGGAAGCAAGGUUACGAUUUUGGCUGGACUGGCAAAGAUCAGGGUUGAGGAGCUGAGGAAUGCUCUUACCGGUGUUGUGUCAAAGAGGGACGCUCUCAAGGAGAAGGUCGCCAAGCUGGAGGCUAUCCUUUCGACGUUCAAGGAAGAGUAUAACCCUAAUUUCAACGAUGAGGGUGUCAAGCGGGCUGUCCAGUCCUGGGAAAACUAUGCUGCGAACAAAGGCAAUGAUGCAGAUGAAUCUGCUGAAGACCGUGAUAUCGAGUCCAUUUCAAAGCCAGAUAGCGAGUCUGAGGGUAUCAACUGGACCGAAUGGGAGACAGUGGAUGAGGAGAGUGAUGUUGAAGCUCUCUACAAAAUCGAAGAAUAUCUUCCAGCCUCGCUCCGCACCUGGGUUCACCAGAAGAUCACUGAUCUUCGUAUCAUGCUAAUUGAGAACGGCAUCUUGGCCGACAAUGCCAACUCGGGCAGCGAAUCUAAAGCAGUUACCGACGCUCGCAACAGCUACAAUACUGUCAGUGACGACCUCGGGAUCAAGAAAUCAUCCCUCGGUGACCUCCAGGGUGAUCUUAGCAAGGAUUACGGUGCCGACGACAUCUUCCGCGCUCUCAAGAACACAUGUGUUUCCAAAGAUUCAGGCGAGUAUGAAUACGAGCUCUGCUGGCUGGAUAAAACCACCCAGAAAAGCAAGAAGGGGGGUGGAAAUACCGGCAUGGGCAACUUCGUCCGUUUCGACAAACUGUAUGUUGAUGAGGAAGUUGGCGCUGAUGGGAAGGGACUUGGUCAGGGUGAAAGGUUCGUAUUGAUGUAUGAGAAUGGACAGGGGUGCUGGAAUGGACCAAAUAGACAAACCACGGUGGUGUUGGCGUGUGCGGAGAAAGAUGAGAUUUGGAAGGUGCAAGAGCAGGAGAAGUGCAUGUAUAGGAUGGACGUAGGGUCUCCAACGGUUUGUGAAAAAGAGGUUAAGGUUGAAAAAGCGAAUAAGGACGAAUUAUGA